AUGUACAUACUCAUCUACGUGGACGAUAUUCUUCUCACCGGAAACUCGUCGUCGGACAUCAACCGGCUACUCAAAAAUCUGCAUUCUCGGUUUCAAAUGAGGGAACUCGGAGCUCUCUCUCAAUUUCUGGGAAUCCAAUCAAUAUCUACUACAACCGGCGUACUCCUGCACCAAAAACUCUACGCCCAGCGCAUUCUUGAACGUGCUGGCAUGCAAAGUGCUAAACCCGUUCCAUCUUCAAGCUGCUGCAAGACAAUUCUCACCUCAAAAUCUCACGAACCUUACGAGAAUCCACAGCUCUACCGUCACCUACUUGGCUCAUUGCAAUACCUUACCCUCACUAGACCUGACAUUCAAUUUGUCGUUCAUUCUUUAAGCCAACACAUGCAUCAUCCCUUACACCAGCACUUUGAAGGGCUUAAAAGACUGCUUCGCUACAUCUCCGGCACCCUUCACCUCGGCUUACCCCUCGACCGAGGACCACUUCAACUCAAAGGCUUCUCAGAUGCAGAUUGGGCAAACAACACCGAUGAUCGAAAAUCAAUAUCAGGUUAUUGCAACUAUCUUGGAAACUCCCCUAUCUCUUGGCAAGUGAAAAAGCAAACUACCGUCGCAAGAUCUUCCACCGAAGCAGAAUACAGAUCUUUAGCAGCCGAAGCUGCCGAAGUUAUCUGGCUCAGGCGAUUAUUAGAAGACUUUCAUACACCUCAAACUACUCCUACAAUCAUUUACUGCGACAACACAUCUGCAAUCGCCCUUGCCAAUAAUCCAAUCUAUCAUGCCAGAACCAAACACAUCGACGUUGAUUGCCACUUCAUUCGAGAUAGCAUUCAUGCCAAACAUGUCACCGUUCAUCACAUUUGCACCGACGAUCAAACUGCUGACAUCUUCACCAAGUCACUUCCUAUCAACCGGUUUAAAACCAUCAUUAGCAAACUAACGGCGGCUUUACCGCAUUAG